GUUACUGAAGUCAAUGCUGACGGAAAGGGUUACGGAAAGGAUAGACGAUAUGGACAUCAAAAGGGCAAAGAUGUGAAGGUUUACGGACACAGAAGAGGUCGAGAUUACGGACAUAAAGGAGAAGUGUAUGAAGUGAAGGGUCAGGCGAAUGGCGGGACCGGUAAUAAAGGUGUCGCUUCUGGUCGUCGAGGAAAGGGUCGCACCGGAAAGGAUAGGGGGGCGCGAAGGGGUCGUCGUGGAGGCCGUGUUGGACGAGUCGGGAAGUAA